AUGUUUAGUUCCCCAAGACUAGUUCGUACGUCGAUGGACAAGAUGACGGCGACAAAGCGGAUUCUCGACGAGAAGUGUCAUACCAUCGAACAAUUACAAGCGAUUAUUGAUCAAUUGAAGUUUCAGCAUGAAAAAAAGGAACACGAACUGAUCAAACAUAUCGGAAUACUUUAUAAUGAUUUACACCAGAGUAAAAAGAAAAUGGCUCAUUUGAUAAUCAAAUACCAACAACAGAAAAAGUUGAUUGAAAGCAUCCAACCUUUAAAAGAAACUGGCACACAAACCGAUGAAAUAACCCCGACACUCAUCUGUCCUAAUUGUUCCUCCCAACACUCGAAAACGAAACUGAUGCGCAAGACAUCCGAUAAACAUCCAAAAUAUUACACACUUCAAUUAAACGAUAAUCUUGAAUACAUCUCGGCGACACCACAACCAACACCAUCGGAUCAUUCAUUAUCAUCGCCUUCUCUUUCGACAACCGAUCAAUCAUCGAUAAAACAUAAUGAGAGUAGUUCAAGUGCAUACAACACAGCGGACAGUUUACCAAGUAGUGCAUACUCGGAUGAAAUCGAGUCUCUCGAACGUGUGCUCAGUGCAGCAUCGACCAUGUACACAACCCACGAUAAUCUCGAGCAUACUAUUAAACUACAAGAAGAACUAUUUCGACAGCGUCUUCGUCUGCGCGGCGUAGAACUCAAUGAAAAUGAAGAAGUGACAAGUGAACAUUUCUAUGAUAAUAUCGAUGGCGAAACAAGUGAUAUUGAGAAAGAACCUUCGAUUGAACAGACACGCGUUGCACUACCGUGGUAUCAGAAGAAACAACAGCGAACGGUAACGUUCAAUUUAAACCAUGAAGAUCAUCAACAGAAAAUCAAAACUAUUCCAAAUAAAGUGAAGUUCAGUGAACAAUGUUAUCCAAUUAGACAGAAUUGUCAACAGGAAGGAUGUUCACUGGGUCUAUGCUGUUCGAAAUGGGGAUUCUGUGGUGAUUCAGAAUUGCACUGCGCUCCUCACACGAACAGCAGUCAAGGAAAUGGGUGUCAACCACCAUGCGCUCCUGGCUCCUGUUGUUCGAAAUGGGGAUUUUGUGGCAAUUCAGAAUUGCACUGCGCUUCUCACACGAAUAACAGUCAGGGAAGUGGGUGUCAACCACCAUGUGCUCCUGGCUUCUGUUGUUCAAAAUGGGGAUUUUGUGGUGACACACCACUUCACUGUGCUGGUCAUACCGAUAAUAUACAAGGUGGCUCUUGUAAUCCACCAUGUGCGUCAGGUUUUUGUUGCUCCAGAUGGGGAUUCUGUGGUGAUACGCCACUCCAUUGUGAGGGCAGUCCAUCUCCUGAUAUUGGUCGAUGUCCAUGUGCACCAGGUCUCUGUUGUUCGAAAUGGGGCUAUUGUGGCAGUACACCGGAAUAUUGCGAUGGCAAACCAACAGUUGACAUCGAUGAUACAUCAAUAACUCGUGAACGAUUCGAUUGUAUAUUCGACCAGAUAGAUUCUGCUACUCGUGAGAAACGGUGGCAAGGUCUACAAGAAGCACUGAAAAUGGUCCCAUUCAAAGCAGAGAAUCGUGACGAAGUUAUCAUGUUUCUUGCGCACGUCUCCCACGAAACUGAUGGCUUAAAAACAAACGAAGAAUAUUGUGGAAAGUCAGGCGCAUGUGCCGAUGAUUAUCAAGAGUCAUGGUGUCCACCGAUACAACCCGAACCUGGUAAAAAGUAUUACGGUCGUGGAUGGUUUCAACUAUCAUGGCCGUGCAAUUAUCAUGCGAUCGGUGAAACGCUCGGCGUUGAUCUUUUGAAAAAUCCGGAAAAGCUUUCUGAAUCUGAUACAUUAGCGGCUGCCACCGCUCUUUCUUUUUGGAAUGCAAACGAUAUGGGUCGACCAGCACGUGAAGGUAAUUUCGGAGCCACAACGCAAAUAAUCAACGCAAUUGAAUGUGGUCCAACACCACAGCAGAGUAACCGAAUUGAACGUUAUCAGAAAGUUCGGAAAUGUUUCGGCCUUCCUGAAGCAACUGACAAAUUGCGCUGUUGA